AUGUCCAACCAGACCCUCGGCGCUAGUCCAGCUGCCUCCGUCGAUGUUGCCCAGCCCCCAAACGGUCACAAGCACUUGUCCCCUACGGAGCGCCAGGCUGUCUACGAAAUGCUUCUAGGAGCUGCCAUAGGAGAGGUACUCCCUCGAGGAGUCAUUGUCAAAGCAGCGAAGCAGUUUGGCUGCCAUGAACGCACCGUAUCACGCCUCUGGGUUCGGGCGCAGCUCUCCCUGCGGCAUGGUUGCAUCUCCGCUGAUGUUCGCACGAAAUUGCGUGUGUACGAUGACGAAGAGGUGGCUGCGCGCUCCGUCAAGUCCAAACACUACAUAACCAAGGUUAUGUUUCUUGCCGCCGUGGCCCGUCCCCGCUACGACCAUCACUCCAAGAUGUUUUGGGACGGCAAGGUUGGUGUGUGGCCCUUCGUUCAAGUGUCGCCGGCGUUGCGUGGAAGCAAGAACCGCCCCAAGGGCACCCUUGUCACAGUUCCUCAAGCCGUGGACAGUACUGUAUAUUUUGACGCCGUUCUGAACAAGGACGUCCAUGCCAUUAUGGCCAAGUUUCCUGGCAGUGUGCGGCACGGUAACGUGUUCCUCCAACAAGACAACGCCAGCCCGCACCAUUGCGUUACGACAGAGCUGCUUCAAGCCAAAGGUGUGCGUGGGAUUGUUGUAGCAAAUCAGCCUCCCAACAGUCGAGACUUUAAUGUCUUAGAUUUAGGUUUCUUAAUUCUAUUCAAAGUCUUCAGCACCAAAAGGCAACUCGUUCAAUCGAGGAACUUAUUGGUGCUGUAG